AUGAUCUUCUCAAGCACGCUUUCUAAGGUCAUCGCGUUGGCGAUGGUGAGCACCUCGCUCGCAAGCCCACUUGAUUUGCAGCCGCGCGGUGACAGAAUCGUCAUUGGCUAUAGGACCGUCUCCAAGGCCGAGGCAGACAGUAUCAGGAAGGCUAAGACUAUCGUAUACGAUUCAAAGCUCUCUAGCGGGGGAAAACAGAAUGGCGAAGGUGUCUAUCUGACAUCUGAACUGGGGCAAUGGCCGCCGUCACAUUUGGAUGAUGAAUUCUGCCGUGUCACGGCGGACAAAGAUAAGGUCGAGAAGGCCAAGAAGGCAUGGAUCAAGCAAGACGUGGAGUGGAACGAAGACGCUGUAGCAAAGGCCAUCAAGGAUCUUGAGGAUGACUGGAAGGCCAAGCAAGUCUUGCGGCUAUCCAAGGUCAAGGGCAAAUCUUAUCUCCAACUGGUCAUUCCAAAGGACAUGGUUGGUCACGAUUUGAUUGUGCAUCAUACCAGGGGCGACUUGGAUUUUGAGGCCGAGUGUAGGCCUGAAGCCAAGUGGACCCAGGCAGACCACCAGAACAUCGACUGGAACGACGGCCCCUUCGAGAAGAACGUCAAGGGCGACAAGCAGUAA